AUGAAAGGGUCUGGCUUUGGGUUUGGGAGCUCUGCGCUUUCAAUGUCUUUGAUCCGACACGGUGUCAUCCGUGAUGGCGAUGCUCUUUUGUGGCUGGAUUCGGGCUUGAUCAUUCCAGACUCUAAUGAGAGACGACCUGGCUGGGCAGCUGGUGUUCUUCAUAGCUUCCGUGAUGUAUUGAGAUUUAAAGACUUGGUAUGUUCAACGACGAUGUUGCCUGAGUACGAGUACACCAAAGGAGAUAUAUUCAAGCGUUUUGGUACCGCGUGGGAUAGCCAGUGGUAUGGCAGGACGAACCAGUUUCUGGGAGGCCUUUGGGGUGUGAAUGUAAGUCGUCGUACCCGCGCCUUCCUUUCGCAGUUGGAAGAACUCCAUGCCGACUUCCAUUUGAUAUCAGACGAGGCAUCGGUGACCCCGGAUUCUCCGUUCUAUAAAAGUAAUCACCAUGACCAGAGUUUGUUUUCGAUGUUGGUUAAAGCAGCGCUUUCACAUAACAGUUCUUUUGGCUUGGCCGAUCUUGGUCGGCGGGUUCACGUUGGCGCGUGGGACGCUACGUUGGGGCGUGGAUCCGAUCAAAUUGCGGCAGGAAAUCAAUCGCCGGAUCUUGCGACACUUGGUAUGGAUGACAGCGCGCUGGGGCUUGAUUCUAUCCCAGUUCCAGCAGGAUAUCAAACAACGGGUGUCCCUACACCAAGCAUGCGACAGGCGAAGGUACAUCUUGUUUCGCACAGGCAUGCCCCAAGAGACCAGCCAAGGUUGAAUCGAACCUUUACUGAGCAGUUGCAGAGACUCGAAAACGAGUCAGUUAAAUGGGCUUGGCUAGACACGCGGCAUCUGUAUCAUAGUCUCCCCGAUGAAAUCACGAGUGAUGCGCGCUGGAAGAGACACUUAUCUCACGACAGAGGGUACGGCUUCUGGUUUUGGAAAUCUGCGUUGGUGGCGUUUCUGAUCCGAGAAGGGGUCAUUCGCGAUGGGGAUGUUUUUCUAUGGCUUGACGCUGACUUGAUCGUCCCAGGUUCCAAUAUGAGACUUGCAGGGUCGGCAGCCAGCAUUCUCCAGAAGUUCCGUGAGAUAUUGCGAUACAAGGAUUUGGUGUGUCCAAUAACAGCGUUGCCUGAGUACGUUCACACCAAAGGGGAUAUAUUCAAGCGUUUCGGUACCACGUGGGAUAGCCAGUGGUAUGGCAGGACGAACCAGUUUCUGGGAAGCCUUUGGGGUGUGAAUGUAAGUCGUCGUACCCGUGCCUUCCUUUCGCAGUUGCAAGAGCUCCAUGCCGACUUCCACUUGAUAUCAGACGAGGCAUCGGUGACCCCCGAUUCUCCACUCUACAAGGGUAAUCGCCAUGACCAGAGUUUGUUGUCGAUGUUGAUUAAAGCAGCGCUUUCACAUAACAGUUCUUUUGGCUUGGCCGAUCUGGGGUCUGGAUUCAAAUUGGCGUAA